AUGGACAUCGCGGACGUACACCCACACCCCGCCCACAGCGACUACCGCUACGCAGCCGCCCGCUUCACCGCCGCCAGCUUCUCCGUCGAUCUUCACAGGGGCCGGAGCUCCGUCGCCGAUAUCCACGGCGUCGUCGAGUGCAUCGCCGUCCACCGCAGCCACGCCGCCCCGUCCACCGCACGCAAGCGCCAUCGCUCCCGCUCCCCAUCACCCGCCGCUUUCACAGCGAGCCGUCAGAGAGUUGGGCGAGAAAGAAACCAGGGUGGCGGCACCGCUCUCCAACACCGCCUUGGGCUGCUGUCGAUGAUGGGCAAGGAUGCGCUCGUCUCGUCGCUCGCCACCCGGGAAGCCGUCGAUCAAGGACGUCGAGACCUGCCACCGCCCGCCAACAUCGCCCCUCCCGCUCCCCCACAGCCGCAAGAUACGAGUUUAGCAGGCCAUGGGAGCGGGGGGGCCGCAGGAGCUGGGGGGCCGGGGGGCCUGCACAUGUUCGCAGCAAUGUUCGCCACCCGCGAGGAUGUGGAAGCCACUCUUCGUGCCAAGCGCCCUCCUGACAAGACGCCGGACCUUCCUCACUGCCUCGCCAGCGACCUCCGAGUGCCGAAAACGUUCAAGGAGGCCAUGCGGUCUCAACAUUCAGAGUUGUGGGAUGGUGCAGUCGGUCGGGAGUUUUUCGGUCUGCUGGAUGCAGACGAGUCCGGAUGGCCGACGAAAUUCAAGGCACGACUUGUAGCGCGAGGGGACAUGCAGAGGGCUUCGAUUGAUUUUGGAGAAUUGUUUGCACCCACCGUAUCCGUGUCUAGUGUGCGUUUGUUGGCAGCAUUGGCAUGUGAGCAGAACCUUGACUUGUGCCAUUUCGAUAUUCAGCAGGCAUUUGUGUAG